AUGGCGAUGAUUCUCCAGAAGAGGGGGGUAAAUAUAGCGUGUGUGCAGGAGACUAGGUGGGUAGUAUUGAAAGCGAAGAAUGUAGACAAGUAUAAAUUGUGGUUCUCCGGAGUCAUGAAGGGUAAGGACGGAGUGGGCAUUUUGGUGUAUAGGGAGCUUAGAGAGUCGGUAGUAGAGGUUAGGCGAGUAAAUGACAGAUUAAUGGCGAUUAAGGUAGUAGUUGGAGGGAUCCCUCUGAAUGUCAUUAGCGCUUACGCGCCACAAACGGCCUUGGACAAGGAGGUUAAAAGGCGCUUUUGGGAGGCGCUGGAUGAGGUGGUGCGGGGUAUUCCGCCUACGGAGAAGCUAUUCAUAGGAGCGGAUUUCAAUGAUCAUAUUGGGUUGUCUGCUGGUGGCUAUGGUGAGAUGCACGGUGGCUUCGGCUUUGGUGAUAUGAACAGAGGUAGUACCUCAUUGUUGGAUUUCGCUAGAGCUUUUGAGUUGGUGAUCGUGAACUCUAUGUUUCCAAAGAGGGAGGAACAUUUGGUUACUUUCCGGAGUAUGGUGGCUAAGACUCAGAUUGACUAUCUCCUCCUCAGGAGGUAUGGUAGGGGUUGUGCGAGGAUUGCAAGGUGA